AUGGAUCAAGCAGGGAAAGGAGCGCGAGGGCUGAUCUUGAAAUGGGCGCUUCUGAAGGCGUUCGGGCCAGAUCGCUGGCACUUCGCAGCGUUAAUGAACGAGGAGAGGACGACGGCUAUCAAGGAAGCGAUCACCAGGCAUGUGGGGGAGACGAGGGCGAUCCAGAGGGCAGGGGCUGAUGGGUCGAUCGCCGUCGCUGAUCUUGGAGCUGGUCACGGGCUGUACGGGAUGAUGGCGGAGCGAGGAGGAGCAGGGUGA